CUCGCCAGGAAACGGAACACUAUAAUAGUUGGCAUUUGCGGGACGGGCAUUUGUCUUGUUGAUGUUUGCUUUUGAUGUGACGAUAUUUUCGGAGUUUUGUAUUAUUUUCGCAAUGGAAACUGACAAAAUUAAUCAAUUAUUUACUGUUUGAAAAGGAAACAACGUUAUCAAAAUAACUUAAUUUGCAAAAUAUAAACACGACACAUUCAUCUUUUAUUUUAAUAUCGGUGUUGUUGUCUAAGGAACCGUGCGAAGAGUCUGUCUGUAACGCCCACUGGUGCUGCUGCUACCAACCAAGUGUAACAAGUUUUGUGAUAAAAGGAAAUUUCCGUGAAGUUGGUAAUAACUCCUGAAUUUGGAUAAACGUGCCCUAAGGUCCAGGUGUCGACAGUCUCCGUUAAACUAACUAUACCAUGACGUACACACAGGCCUAUCUUUUGGUGCUGGGUUUCCUCGUCGCCCUACCUGCCUUCAUCACAUGCCAAGGAACAAACGAUUAUAUGUUAGACGAAGAAGAAGAAGAUGUACUAACACCUAUACAGAUACUAAAAAAAGGAGGUCUACGGAUGAUGUGUCAGCUACACCCAAAAAAUUGUCCAGCAGGGUUUCGAAAACGAGAUGCACCUAAAAUGACGAGUGAUGCAGCCAUGCCCGAGUCUUUACCGGUACGGAAGGAUCUGAUGAAUAUUUUAAGUCGUAUGUUACGGUCAUACUUCGACAACACUCAGACGAAUCAGCGCCAGGACAUUGUGGUGGACUAUGUCCCUCGGCGUAUUCUUCUCGGCGGAAGUCGGGACAAUUCACGUCGGUGACAGGUGUUUGAAGAAGUCAGACGACGAAAGGACUGGUUGAUGAAACCAUUUCGUCAGGACCCUGUUACCUUGCAAUCAAUAUCGAAAGAGUUUAAAUAUUCACGAAUAUUGUCAAAAAUAUAAAUAUCCGUACUUCAAAUGAAGAAAACAAUUGUUAAUUCUUAUUCGUCUUUCGUUCUUUCGCGUUUGAAUACUUGCACCUGAACUCGGUAUUUCAAAUGCGUUUUGAUAUUAUUUAUCCUAUUUGUGAUAAAGCUAGGAUAGAGUAUCAUAAUAAAAUGUCAGAGUUACACAUUUAAUAACACCUAUUACUGGUUCAAACGAUAAGCUGCAAGCAUGUCAUCAAUUCGAACUUUUUUUUUGAAAAGUUUAAUUUAUACAUGUAUUUUUAAAAGAUAGGGUAAUGCGUUUUCUUUAUAGAGAUAUUACAGUUUGAGAUAUUAUAAUUUAAAAAAAGAAAAUAUAUAAGAUAUAAUAAAAUAAAUAUAACGGUAUAGAGAAAAUAUACAUUUUAGAUUUAAAUAUAAAAUUCAAAUCUUAUAGGGAAAGGAACAUUUUAGAUGUAGCAAUAGAAAAAACAAAGGUAUAGCGAAAAAUACAAUUAAGGUAUCAUACUGGUAUUUCAGCAAUCCAAUUUAAUGAAAAAAUGUACAUUCAAGAUAUCAUUGUAAUUAUCGAGCACACGUUUGUUGUUGCGGAAACCCUUAAAACUGUGUAUAAAAUUUUAAGCUAAAACUUACUUAAAAAUAAAUUUCCUUAUUGAGAGAAAAGAAAAGGAAGAGUUACGCCCAGAUUGCUAUGACGCAUUUCCUGCUUGUUGUUCUCAUAGCAGGCAUAAUUUGUUAUAACGUAUUAUAAUAAAUUGAUAUAAAAUGAUAAUAAACAUAUCUGUUAAUUAUUCCCAGAUGUAAGUAGAAUUGAUAACCAUUGGUCAUUCGUCCGUCUGUCUGUGUAUUUGUCCGCUUGUCCAAAAUUCUUGUAAAAUA